GCUGGUGCCGCUCUCUCCUCUUCUUCUUUUCCUCCCUCUUUGGCCUUUGCCGCCACCCUUCCUCCAACUUUCACUGUAAAUACCUUUUUGGGUCUUUCUUGUUCAAUAAAAGUAGUAGUGAAUAGGAACAAACAAAGAAGAAAAAUAUGCCUCGUACUACCACAUUGGAGUCCCCUGGUUGCCCUUCUCUUAGAGCUUUAACUUUUGACAUUCUUGGAUUAAUCAAAGUUAUUGAAGCAAAGGGUGAGCAAAAGGAAGCUCCUAAGGUGGUGGAGAGAUGGGGGGAGCCUGAUGCUUCAAGGUGUGUUCUUGCCACGUCAAUUAUAGACCGCCAAUUUGACCCUCUUCUAGGUGUAGCAAGAAGAAAUGGCUUGAUUGAGGUGCUUAGUCCUGUCAAUGGAAAUGUUGGUGCAUCCAUUUCAAAUCAAAAUCAAAGUGAUAAAAUAUCUGAAGAUAAUUCUGUUAUCGGCUUGCAUCUAUUCAGAAAAGAGAGGCAGGACUCAUCAUCAAGGUCAUGUACCCUGCUUACGUGCACAAUAAAAGGACAAGCAAGCAUGAAGUGUGUUAAAAUGUCAAAAUCACCUGAAGAUUCUGGUGUUGAAGGUACAGAAACGGCAUGGACUGUUAGUGGUUCAGGCAGCAUUUUGUGCUCCAACGUUGACGCAGAUGAAAACUAUGCAUUGUUUGGUGGGAAGGGCGUCGAGGUUAACGUAUGGGAUCUGAACCAGUGUGCUAAAAUUUGGACUGCAAAAUCUCCAGCAAAAAAUAGCCUUGGUAUAUUCACCCCAACUUGGUUUACAUCUGCAACUUUCUUGUGCAAAGAUGACCACCGCAAAUUUGUUGCAGCACGAACAAAUCACCGUGUGCGUCUUUAUGAUAUUUCUGCACAGAGAAGGCCUGUUGUUUCAUUUGAUUUUCGCGAGACCCCUAUUAAAGCUGUAGCUGUGGAUGUAGAUGGACAUACGAUAUACAUAGGAAAUGGGUCUGGCGAUCUUGCUUCUUUUGAUAUACGCACCGGGAAACUUUUGGGAUCCUUCUUGGGGAAAUGUUCUGGAAGUAUAAAAUCCAUAGCCAGGCAUCCAGAGCUCCCAGUUAUAGCCUCAUGUGGUUUGGACAGCUAUUUACGCAUUUGGGAUGUCAAGUCAAGGCAACUUCUGUCUGCGGUUUUCUUGAAGCAGCAUCUUAGCAGUGUUGUUUUUGAUUCAAAAUUUUCUGCCAGAGAAAUUCAGGUACCUCCUCAGCAACAAGAUACAGAUGAAACAUUAGAGAUGGAAGAAGAGGAAGUGAAGCCUGUUAAAAGGAAGAAGGCAUCAAAAGAACACAGUGGAAGCAAGAAAGUGAAGACCAAGAAAAAGAGUAAAAGGUCAAAAGCAGACAGUAGCGAUGCUGCAUAAUAAUUUUGAUUCCUGGAAUCCUUUUAUUCUCGAUCACAUGUUAACUUCGCCAGUUCAACUAAAGGGCACCAUAUCAUACACACCAGAACGCGGUGAUAAGUAGUGUGAAUUCAAUGACUUGGCUGCAUUUGUAUGUGCAAGCAGACGAAGAACUUGAGUAAUUGAAUGCAUUGUUUGCUAAAUAUCAGCUAGCCAGUUGGAAGCCAAGUUCCAGUUUUUUUUUUUAGGAGGCAAGCCUGAUCAUCCUGUUUAGUCUCUGCAAUGCUAGAUUAUGCGGAUAAGCAAAUUUUGUGGAUUUCAAUUUCCAGAGGCACUUUGGAAGAGUUUUUCAUUAUGCAUACAACUGAGUUGGUUUA